UUUAUGACUUUAUCUGAGCCCCUCCCUCAGAAACUCCUCACCUGAAUGAAGAAGUGAACUUGAGAGACAUGUUGCUGUUCAGUUCCAUUUGACACAUCGUCCUAACAGAGCAUAUGCUAUCUGUAUGGGAAAGGAUCAUAAACCGGAAACAGUGGCUGUGAAGCUCUUGUGAAGCUCUUUUUCUGGUUCAGGCUUUCGAGGUUUUCAGUCAAUUAAAAGUGAAAGCAAAGACUGUCAGGCAUACAGUAACUGUACAGCAACUGCAACUACCAGACACAAUGGCAUCCAAGGCCUUUUUAGAAGAGGAUUUAUUUUGUCCUGUGUGCUACAAUAUCUACAAGGAUCCUGUUCUUCUGACCUGUACUCACAGCAUCUGUAACACCUGCCUGCAGAAGUUCUGGGAAACCAAAGGAUCCAGGGAAUGUCUAGUCUGCAGGACAAGUUGCUCAAAGGAGGAGUAUCCUCUCAACCUGGUUCUAAAGAACCUGUGUGAGACUUUCCAACAGGAGAGAAGUCAGAGAGAACCAUUCUGCAGUCUGCACCAUUCUGAACUCAAGCUUUUCUGUGAAGAUGACAAACAGCUUGUGUGUUUGGAGUGUCGAGACUCAAAACUCCACAAGAACCACAACUUCAGUCCCAUCAGUGAAGCAGCACUUGAGCGUCAGGAAGAAUUGAAGAUCAAACUGCAGCAUUUACAGAAGAAGCUCAACCACUUUAAACAAGUUAAAACAACCAGUGAUGGAACUGCCCAACACAUAAAAGUCCAGACCCAACACACAGAGAGGCAGAUCAAGGAGGAGUUUGAGAAGCUUCACCAGUUUCUACAAGAUGAAGAGGCAGCCAGGCUAGCUGCACUGAGGGAGGAAGAGGAGCAGAAGAGUCAGUUGAUGAAGAAGAAAAUUGAGAAGAUGAGCAGCGAGAUCUCAUCUCUUUCAGACACAAUCAGAGCCAUAGAGGAGGAGAUGGGAGCUGAUGACAUCACAUUCCUGCAGGUAGGACCCAUCACAGUGGAGAGAGCCCAGUGCACACUGCAGGAUCCAGAGAGGGUUUCAGGACCUCUGAUCAAUGUGGCAAAACACCUGGGCAACCUGAAAUUCAGAGUCUGGGAGAAGAUGCAAGAGAUUGUUAAAUACACUCCUGUGACUCUGGAUCCCAACACUGUAAACCCACGUCUCAUCCUGUCUGAGGAUCUGACCAGUGUGAGACUAAGUGUUGAGAGACAGCAGCUUCCUGAUAACCCAGAGCGAUUUGAUGUGCAUGCCUGUGUCCUGGGCUCUGAGGGCUUUAACUCAGGGACUCACUGCUGCGAUGUGGAGGUUGGAUACAGUGACAUCUGGUUCUUGGGACUGAUGACAGAGUCUAGUCAGAGGAAGGGAGAGAGUGUCUCCAGUGGAGUCUGGUGUGUGGUUCAUACUAAUGGUGCAUAUGCAGCAGAGUCUCCAUCCCUCCCAGACAUUCCCCUCACAGUGAAGCAGACACCCCAGAGGAUCAGAGUGCAGCUGGACUGGGACAGAGGAAAGCUGUCAUUAUCUGACCCUGAUAAUAACACACACCUACACACUUUCACACACACUUUCACUGAGAGAGUCUUUCCAUUCUUUGCCACUAUCUCAUCUCUGAGGAUCUUACCAGUGAAGGCUGCAGUAACAGUAGAGCAGCUCAGUUAGAGUUCAGACACCUGCUGCAGUUCAUCUCCUGCCGGAGGGAAACACUGAGCAUUGAUGAUCAGGCAACAUUUUUAUUUUUGCAAUUUGUUCUGGCAGCACAACACAAUUUAUUAACAUAGAGAA